CCCCCAGCGCGGCGCCCAAGAGCCGGGCCCGCGCCUGGGUCUUCGCUCUGGUGCGCUUCCCGGCCCGACCAGACCCGACCAUGGCAUCCGCGGCGCCCGGCGGGGUGGUGAUCGUGGGCAGUGGACUCAUUGGACGAAGCUGGGCUAUGUUGUUUGCCAGUGGAGGCUUCAAGGUGAAACUCUAUGAUGUUGAGCAACAGCAGAUAAAAAAUGCCCUGGAAAACAUCAGAAGGGAACUGAAGUCACUGGAGGAGGCCGGUUCCCUGAAAGGCUGCUUGAGUGUGCAGGAGCAGCUGUCGCUCAUCAGUGGCUGUUCUAGUCUCCAAGAAGCAGUAGAGGGCGCCGUGCACAUUCAGGAGUGUGUUCCAGAAAACCUAGAGCUGAAGAAGAAGAUCUUUGCGCAGUUGGAUCGCAUCGUCGACGACAGGGUUGUCCUCAGCAGCUCCAGCUCUUGCCUCCUGCCGUCCAGGCUGUUUGCCGGCUUGGCUCACGUGCAGCAGUGCCUCGUGGCUCACCCUGUGAAUCCACCGUAUUACGUCCCUCUGGUUGAGCUGGUCCCACACCCAGAGACGGCCCCUGCCACAGUGGACAGAACCCACGCCCUGAUGACGAAGAUCGGACAGUGCCCGGUGCGCCUGCUGAAGGAGGUGGACGGCUUCGCCCUGAACCGCCUGCAGUACGCGGUCAUCAGCGAAGCCUGGCGGCUGGUGGAGGAAGGAGUGCUGUCUCCCACCGACCUCGACCUCGUCAUGUCGGAAGGGCUGGGCACGCGGUACGCGUUCAUCGGGCCCCUGGAAACGAUGCAUCUCAAUGCGGAAGGUAUGUUAAACUACUGUGACAGAUACAGCGAAGGCAUGAAACGUGUCCUGAAGACGUUUGGACCCAUUCCAGAGUUUUCCAGGGACACGGUUGAGAAGGUUAAUCAGGCCAUGUGCAUGAAGGUUCCUGAUGACCCAGAGAACUUAGCUGCCAGAAGGCAGUGGAGGGACGACUGCCUCAUGCGACUCUCCAAGCUGAAGCGUCAGAUGCAGCCCCAGUGAGUUUCUCGUGCUGUGACUGCCACUCCUCUCAUUGGAAGUCCUGUUUGAGAAAAUCAGAGCACUUAAUCAGAUCUCCGCACAGUGACGUGCCGUAGAGACCCUGCGCUGGCGCCGGGUGGCCUUCCAGUCACUGGGUCACAGCCUGGGGGGGAUGUGGCAGCAGCGCUGGGGUCCUCGGGGCUGUGGGUUUCCUGCCCCCCUCCACCCCCCAGGCACAGGGUUUGAAGAUUUUCAGUUUUUGUUUUCAGAGUGGUUACGUAUGGCUGUAUUUUGUAGCCCCUGAUUGUAGUUUCAUUUGAAUCUGUGGCAAAAUAGCUUUAUAAAUAUUUUCUAAUCCAUUUGUGCGUAUUCGCUGAUGCUGCAUUUGUGAGGCAACUGCUUUCAUUUUGCUAAUGAUUAUUCUGAAUAAAAGUUCAUGAGUAUAUAAAGACA